AGUGUUCUUGGUGACAGGAGAACAGCACUGGGCCUCUGGUAGUGUCAGUCUACUUGAGCCAUCCUCUCUCUUGCCCCUUUAAAGGAUGACUGAUUUCUUCUGGUGUUUAGAGCCCCUUACAGCCUUCUAGCACCAUUUGAAAUCGGUUAUAAUAACUGGGGAUCAAUGCCUCGAUGUCUUCACGAUGUCUACAUGUCAACGCUACAGUCAAGCAGACAGGAAAUGAAUUGGAUGAAUGUUCAUAUUGUACGUGUCACAGGGUUCUGCUCUACAGAUCCUGGAAUCGAAAUGAGUUGGACGGGAGUUCAUUUCCAGUGGGACAGUUUUAAAGUAUUUAUUGAAUAAAUGUUCAAUUAAACUGAAUUGAUAUCUUACUUUUUCCUGUGUGCAUGUUAUUAUAUUUGUGUCCGUGGUUCUGAACCUGCAUGUGAACUAUAUAACCCUGUUCUGCUAGGUAUAAAACCUAUCCGAGCUCAAGGGAUCAUAACAAGUCAUUUCACAAUACCCUCUCUCAUAACAGAUUCAGUCACUGUUAUAUCUAGAAGCACUCAACACAAUCCAACACUUACUUUAUAACAUGACAAUGGAAACAGGAAAGGCAUUUUAUUGCAGGACUUGUGCUAGACACUGCACAGAACCACAGAAGUCUAUUGAGUACAGAAUCUUAAACCAGGAAAGUUCCUGUUCUGUAAUGUGGAUGAAUGAGUUCCAAGGAAGCCUGAUGUUCUCAAUAAGAUUUUAAAGUUGUGGAAGUUUAUCUUAUCUCUGCUCGGUGUCUCUGUCGCCUGUGUUACCAUGUCACUCUCCGGGUCUGACAAGACAUGCAGUGCACAACUGGCAUCUAUUCAUAUAGUGUGUUGUUAGGUGUAGAUAAAGGUGUUGUGGAUAGGGCGAUGGCAUUGAUGGUAGUUAGCAUGGUAGUAUGAACAUGAUCAUGGUUGAACUUGGAGACCAUCCCAGAGAAUGCAGUUGAACUGGGAGAGGAAGAGGAGGAGGCGAAGGAAGAAAAAUAAUUGCCUCUCCACAUUCAAAUCCUACAGACGAACAGGUUUGACCAGAGGUCAUUCUGUGUACAUGAUUAUUAGCUGAGAUACUAUGUAAUUUCAACUUAUAUCAUUAUUUUAAAACCUGCCAUUAUUCCGUAAUGAGCUAUUUCCCUGAAAUCAAUGGGGUUUUAAUGGGGCCUAGUUGUCCUUGCAUCUUAAUGGGGCCUAGGCACUGCAGUAGUACUCUUUUCCUUUCACCUUGAUGGUCUUAUAUGAGUCAAAUGCAAACAGACAUCAAUGCUCCCAGUGUGUUACCCAUCUCCUGAUUGUAUGGGUGUUUCAAAACCCAUACGUGAUCUUUUCACAGGCGGCAGGUGGUACCCUAAUUGGGGAGGACAGGCUCAUUGUAAUUGCUGGAAUGGAAUGAAUGGUAUGAAACACAUCAAACCUGUGCUAUUAUGAGCCAUCCUCCCCUCACCAGCCUCCUGUGGAGCCCGUAUUGGCUAGGUUGAAGACAAAAUAGGGCUUUAGGGAAUAAGGCUUUCCUCCAGCCAGUGAAUAAGGAUGAGAUUAUUGCUCCAAAGGCCCGUGAGAUCUAUCAGAAAGCAAAAGGCGUUUAAUGACAGGAUGGAGUGUCAGAAGCUGCUGGAGGUUCAGGGGCAAGGGAAGUCUAGCCGCCAUAAGAAUCGAGUGACGCUCAUGUUCAAGGCCUCAGAGGCCAACCUGGACAGGACAGCCUUACUCAUAGCCAACAACCCCCUGCCUGACCUCCAUAACCUGAAGGAGGGUGACAGCCCCACCAAAUACCUGGCAGGCAACCCCCCCGACCCCGCCAAGAGGCUUGAAGCCAUUCGGGGUCGUCAGAGUGGUUUGCCUCCUCUGAAACAUCCUCUUAAAUUGCCAUCUGGGAUGAGAAGAGAUGGCAGCAAGCGGAGCAGCAGAGCUCCAUCAUGGGUGCAAACAAGUCUCUGUGUGCAGUUCUCUGAGGAUAGGUCAUCGUUUUCAGACCGGGACAACUGGCAAGAAGGUACUGCCCUAGAUCUGACCCAGAGCACUGAGGUCAAAGAUCAGUGUAGUGAACUGUGUGAGCCCCUCACUCUCUCGGCCCUGCUGGAGACUGCAGUCACAGUAACAGCACCAGGACAGGGGGCGUUCCGCUAUGGACAGACCGCCUACUGGAACGUGACCAACAGCUGUGAACUGCCGCCAUGAUAUCUGAUGCCUGGACCUUUCAAUGCAUGCACGCAAUAGCUGUUUGCCCUCUAUAUUUGGAGCGGUUUGCCAACUAUGUGUUGAAAUUCAGCAAUAAAUGCUUUAUGGUUUAAAUUAC